GGCGUGAGGUGUUUGCAAGUGAGGAGUCAGGAGUGAGGGGAAAGUUGUCAAGUUUCAUGGAAUUCUAUCCUUUGUGUAAAUGUCCUGCUAUAUCCAUGGUCUUAACCUGUAAAUUUGUUUGGUUUUCCUUGCAACAAUACCCUUCACAAAUAAUGGCAUAAACUACAUUAAAAGUAAUUCUAUGGCUGCUCAUUUUAAUAAUCAAAAAGAUAAUUAUCAAGCUGGGAAUAGUCCAGAGGAAAGCUUUACAUCAUCUGUGUUAACAAGGUCUAGAAGCAAAAUCUUAGCAUCUCAGGAAUCUGAUGCUUCUGGUGAAUCAAAUUAUAGCUGUCAUUCUAAUGCAACAGUAUUAAAUUUACCAACUUCUUCAAAGAGGAAACAACCCAAAAGACAAGACGUCUGUGAGAAAAGACUAAAAUCUAAGCGUAGUGCAGAUAAAAAUUCAAAUUUAGAAUACAAAACUGUUGACUGUACAAACAUGAAUAACAACUCAUCUUCAGUACGUAACAAUGAAAGCUCCUGUGAUGAUGCUAAUAGCACAGCAGAUGUAUCUCGUGAGAUUUUGCAUAUAUCUUCACAAGUAGAUGUUGGCAAUGUUCCUCCAGUAGCAGCAUCACAAUCUGAAUGUAGCUUCAGUAAUUUAAGUCAUAGUCAUAAUUCAGAAAUUCUGCCAUGUGCAAUUAUGUGUUCAAGUAUUAGUCCAGACUCAUCAAUGGUGGAAGAAAAUUCAUUAAAUUUACCAUGUAGAUCUUUUGUGAGUUAUUCCGAAAUAGCAGAAGCCCAAGCAGAAGUUUUUCAGUGUGAAACUUUAUUGAACAAUGCAAGUCAGACUAUUGAUGUAGGAGCACACAACUUGGAGUUUCUUGAUGUUGCUUAUCCUUGUGCAAAGUCAAAUGAUAAGAAUUACAAAAGACAGUCUUCCCUGAGAAAUUUAACUAGUGAAGAACUGGGAGAGUCUUCAUUGAAUUCUAAAGCUAGCACAUCAAAACCAGACAGUAGGAAGAUUUCUAUUAAAGUACCAAAGCUAGAGCGUGCAAAAUCGAGUAGGACUGCAUCCAACUCGGUUGUAAAUAUUAACAAUUGUGAUAGUGCAGAACAAUCUACGUGUAAUUCUAGUACAAAUAGUGGUCUGAAAUCUGGUCUGAGAUCAGCACUCCGAUUAGAAGCUAAAACUCUCCGAUUAGAUGCUAAAGCAAAAAAUGAUGCUGAAUCAAUUAGUAGCUCAAAAUUGACCAAAACAACGAAAGGGCACAAAACUGGUGACACCAAUAAAAAACGUCAAAAACAAGUUCCUUCAAGUGAGAAAAGUGGUGGUGAAUCAGUGUCGGAGCAGAUGGAAACCUGUGGAGCUCCAGAAAAUAAGAAAGAAAGUGUUGCCAGCAAUACAGUAGACUUUAUGUCUAAUCUUAGAGUUCCUGUAAUAUCUGAAAUGAGCUUCCUUUCUGAUUCAGGUGCAUCGUCAUCGAGUGCUGGUGAAGGUUUUACAACCAGUACCCCCAGUAGAGAAAAUGUGUCAAGUGAAAGUGAAUUAGGUAGGUUACAAGCACUUUUAGAAGCUAGAGGAAUACCUCUUCAUAUAUUUGGCUCUUUAGGACACAGGGUUCAACAUCUUUUCAAUAGAUCAUUGGGAAGCAGUUCAAACAGCCGUGCACAACAGUUGCUUCAGGGGCUUCAAGCUGCGGGAGAUGAAGGUAGGCAAUUACAAGCUGUAAUAGAAAUGUGUCAGCUCUUAGUCAUGGGCAAUGAAGAUACUUUAAUUGGCUUUCCAUUCAAACAAGUUGUUCCAGUGUUGAUUGAUCUUUUGUCUAUGGAACAUAAUUUUGAAAUAAUGCACAACGCAUGCCGUGCUUUGACAUAUUUAAUGGAGGCAUUACCUCGGUCUUCAUCAGCUGUUGUAGAAGCAGUACCAGCUUUUUUAAACAAGCUCCAAUUUAUCCAAUGCAUGGAUGUUGCUGAGCAGGCUCUCACAGCUUUAGAAAUGCUAUCCAAAUGGCACAGUAAAUCAAUUUUGCAUGCUAAAGGAAUUGCAGUUUGCUUGAUGUAUUUGGAUUUCUUUUCGAUUAAUGCACAGCGAACUGCUCUUUCAAUCACAGCUAACUGCUGUCAAAAUAUUUUGCAUGAUGAGUUUAGUCUAGUCCAAGAAUCACUUCCUCUCUUAAGUGGUUGGCUUCGACAUCAAGAUGAAAAAUCUGUGGAAAGCAUUUGUCUUGCAUUUUCCCGGCUUGUGGACUGCCUUCAAUAUGAUUCCAAAUGUUUGAAAGAAAUUGCGAGUAAUGAUCUGAUACACAAUAUUCAGCAACUUUUGGUUAUAUUUCCUACUGUAAUAAGUACACAAACAUUUACAUCUAUCAUCAGAAUGUUAGCAUUAAUGUGUGCUUCAUGCUCUGAGCUUGCUGUUCUACUGUUGAAGCAUAAUAUUUCUAAUACAAUUUGCUAUUUAUUGACUGGCACUUCAGAUUAUUCGCAUGACUUUGAGUUAUCAUCAAGAACACCUCAAGAGCUAUAUGAAAUAUCAUACCUAAUAUGUGAGCUCAUGCCUCCUUUGCCAAAUGAUGGAAUAUAUAGCAUUAAUUCUAUGUUUAUGAGAUCAAAAAACAAAUAUAAAGAAAUAGUUGUGUGGAAGUGGAGAGAUGAUGAUGGUGUAUGGCAUUUAUAUCAAUUGGGAGACUCCAGAGCUAUAGAGACUGCCUAUCAAGCUGGUAAAAAUUCUUUUGUCAUUUCAGUUAAUGAAGAAUCUUCAACUAUAGAUUUCAAUACAAUGGAACUGGUUAACUCUUCUUCAAAUACAAAACGGCCAGUACUUCGCUUAUUAACUCAUGCUCUUGAAGUUGGUAUAGUAUCAGAUGCAUCAAGUAAUUUAAACCCGAAAAUCGAACCAUUCAAAAAUGAUGCCGAAUUGGUUAAUUCAUGUAUUAAGUCUUUAUUUCCUGUUUUAUAUGAAGUUUAUUCUAGUACUGCUGGUCCCACUGUGAGAUAUAAUUGUUUGCGUUCAAUGCUUCGCAUGCUUCAUUUUGCUCCUCCUGAAAUUUUGUCUCAGGUUUUAAAAAGCCAAAUGAUAUCUAGGCAUAUUGCUGCAAUGCUUGCUUCUUCUGAUUACAAAGUAGUGGUUCUGACCAUUCAAAUGGCAGAAAUUCUCAUGUUGAAGCUUCCUGAUGUUUUUGGAGUAUCUUUUAUUAGAGAAGGUGUUUUGCAUGAAAUAAAGCUACUGUCAAGUAAAGAUUUGCAAACAAAGCAGCAAGAAACAUCUGUGGAGGAAAAUUCUAUUUAUAAUCCUACCCUUUAUGAUUCAUCUGAAUUUCUAUCUGGUAGAACGGUCAGUUUAUCAGAAGGCAGACGUUUGCCUAUUCAUUUUGUGCCUGUUGAAGAAGCUUCAUCUUCAAGCACCAGCAUUCGAUCUGAUGAAGGAGCUCAUAAUUGCAUAUCAAUUAAGGUAGGUGAUUAUAUUAAGAAAAAACGCUUGACCUCUUCUAAUAAUUCAGCCAAAGAAACUUGUGUUGGCCAGAGUUCCAUUUCAUCUUAUAAAUUAGACUUCAAUUUAAAGAUUAAUACAUGGAUAAAGGAGCAAGCACAAAGUUUUGAAUCUAAGCACUUUAGUAUUGAAAAGCUUCAUUCCACCCACCCAGCUGUCAACGUAUUAAAUCAGUUGUCUUCUGCUGUUAUCAAGUUGGAUGCUUCUGAUGGAGGUUUACAAGCUCUAUUUAACAUUAGAACUUUAAUUAUGGAAAGUGAUAUUUCAACAUUUGAACUCAUUCACAGUGGUCUCAUUAAGAAACUUCGUCUUUAUUUAACUUCUUGUGAAGGAAAUAAUGAGCUUGAACAUCAUUUGAGAUCAUUUCUUCAUGUAUUUAUUGGAAGCCCAUUGAGCAAGUACGAAACUAUUGAAAAACUUAAUUCUUCAUCCCUAUCAAUUUUUAUUAACAAACUAAAUGCCUGUAUUAGUCAUCUUGAACAGUUUGCUGUAAAAGUGCAUGAUCAUCCUUCCUAUGGCUUUGUUAGUAGAAGAGGAACAAGCUAUAAGUACUUGAAUGCUCAUCAACUGAAGUGCACUUUCCAAAGACAUCCAGAUUGUUCAACCUUAAGACAGUGGCGUGGGGGUCCUGUUAUGGUGGAUCCUUUAGCGUUGAUUCAGAGUAUUGAUAGAUACUUAGUCAACCAUGGCUAUGGUGUUGUUAUAGAAGAUGAUGAUGAUGAUGAUGAAGAGGAUGAGGAUGAAGAAGAUGAAAGUGAUCCAAGUGAUGAAGAUAAUUCGGAUGAAGAGAUCGAUGAUCUUGCUAGUGCAAUAAGAAUUCAUCAGGAAGAAGUUUCUCAUAAGUUACAACUUUUGAUUGGAGAUAACGUUCUUCCUUACAACUUAACUGUAUAUCAAGCUUUGCGACAGUUUAGUAAUGCAGAAAGUAGGCCCUCCGAUGGACAAGAGUUGGAUGGAGAAGAUUCUGUAGCAUCAACUACCAUUUGGGAUAGAACACAUGUUAUUUUAUAUCGUCCCAUUCCUGCUGAGACAAAUGACAACAAUGCUACUGGUGAAGUGAAAUCAAGCUUGCAUGCACAAAAUAAAGCUGACAAGAAGAAAAGAACUUCUGAUUGUUCUACUAGUUCUCACGGAAACACACCUGAUAAAAAUAGUAAAGUGAGUAAAGGAAAUCGUGAUGAAAACUUGAAUGAUGUAAGCUGUAACGAGACUAAUUUCCUCACAGUUAUCUCGAAUUUUUCAGAAUCUAAUGCAAUACAGGAUCCCUCAAUUGAAGUUAUUUAUUUACUCAGGGUUAUACAUGCUUUAAACAGCCAUUGGGGUUCACUAUAUUUAAUGAAUAGUUGGGAACCAGCUGUUCAUCAAGCAGAUUUCAUCAAUGUUAAAUUGACUUUAAAAGCUAAUCGCCAACUUCAAGAUGUUCUGGCUGUAAUGACAGGCAAUGUUCCUGCUUGGUUAUCUCAUGUUGUUCGUGAUUUUCCUUUCCUGUUUCCUUUUCAGACCAGGUAUUUAUUAUUCUAUGUUAUAUCAUUUGAUCGAGAACGUGCCCUGCAAAGACUUUUGGAUGUUUUCCCUGAAAUGCGAAAUUCGGAGAAAAUUGUUCCUAAGCUUGACCGUAAAAAGAAAACAGUUUCUAGGGAUAGCAUUUUAAAACAGGCUGAAGCUGUGUUGCAAGAUGUUGGGAAAUCCAAAGCUAUGCUUGAAAUUCAGUAUAAAAAUGAGGUCGGAACGGGUCUUGGACCCACUUUAGAGUUUUAUGCUUUAGUUUCAAAAGAACUUCAAAGAGCCGAGCUUGAAAUGUGGAGAGGAGAAAAGGUAGCUGUUCAAAACGGAAAAGGAUCAGUAGUAAAUUAUGUAUAUAAUUGUGCUGGUCUUUUCCCUGUUCCCCUUCCUCUAAAUGUUAAAUCUAGCACUUUAACCAAAGUUUGCAACAAAUUCAGAUUAUUGGGAAAUGUUUUGGCAAAAGCAAUAAUGGACUUUCGAUUAUUAGAUAUUCCAUUAAGUCUUGCCUUCUAUAAAUGGAUGCUAAAUAAAGAAAAUGAUUUGUCCCUUGCUGAUUUAAUGUUCAUCGAUGAAAGUUUUGCCCAAACAGUUUUCAAAUUAGAGCAGAUAGUCAUCCAAAAGAAGAAACUUGAAAAUAAUAAGUCCCUUAGUGCAAUUGACUUGAAAAGUGCCUUGGAAAAUUUAAGUCUCGAUGGUUGUUCUUUGGAAGAUUUGAGUUUAGAUUUUACACUUCCUGGAUAUCCUCACAUAGAAAUGAAAAAAUCUGGAAAAGAUAAUUUGGUUACGAUUCACAACCUAGAAGAAUAUCUUAAGCUUCUUAAACAUUGGAUAAUGAAAGAAGGAAUAUCGAGGCAAAUGAAAGCUUUUCAAGAAGGUUUUGAAUCUGUCUUUCCUCUGAGUAAUCUAAAGAUAUUUUAUGCAGAUGAAAUGGAACUUCUGUUUUGUGGAAGCAAGUAUGUUCCAUGGGAUGUGAAAAGUCUUAAAGAGUGUUGUCGACCAGAUCAUGGUUUUACAUUUGACAGUCCAGCGAUCAAAUUUUUCUUUAGCAUUUUGUCCACAUACGAUCAAGAACAACAAAGAAAGUUUUUGCAAUUUCUUACUGGGUCACCUCGUUUGCCUGUAGGUGGUCUCAAAGCUCUAUCCCCAUUGCUCACUAUAGUUAAGAAAACUUCGGAUGAUGAUGCAAAUCGAGACUGUUACCUACCGUCUGUGAUGACUUGUGUUAAUUAUUUAAAACUUCCCGAUUAUUCCAGCCUUGAAAUUAUGCGAGCAAAACUUGAAAUUGCUAUCAAUGAAGGCCAGAAUUCUUUCCAUUUGUCUUGAAAUUUUGCGUGUAAAGUUACAUUUCUGUUAAAUGUGCAUUUUGUUUUUAUGUUGUCUAAGUGUAAACAAAUUUAGCACUGUAAGAAUAUAAAAACACAAAUGGUUUUCUCUUAUUUAUCUACCUCAAAUGGGGAAUAUUUCUUAUUGAAAGAUGUAAUAUUAUUGAAACAUUUUGAUGUCCAAUGUAACCAAGUUUUACGAUUUUUAUAUAAUGUUUUUGAAUGUAAUUUUCAUGGCCUGCUUUGAUUUUUAAAUUUCAUCAGCAAUUUAGUUUCUGUCGGAAAUAAUCGAAAGUUACAACUACUAUUUAUGCAUUCCUUUCUCCUUCCCCAGUAGUUUUAUUGCUUUUCCAUUUAAAAUUGUUUUUAAGUUCUAUUGUGUUAGUAAGUUUGGUAUUUCUUGUUAUUUGCAGUGAGAUAUUUAAAAGCAUUUGUCAAUGUUAUUGUGUUACAUUGAUCCAUUGUGUUUAGUUAUUUCUUUUCUUCUCUCAUCUCUUUUUUGUAUUGUUUAAAACUAAGCAAAAUAAAAAUGCCAAAUAUUUA